GAGAAGCACUAAACGUCUCCCAGCCUCAGCUCAGGACGCUACUCUGUAAUAUUAUACUCUGUGGUUUUUUUAAAGUUUACGCUCGUUACUGCUCUCCUCCUUCACUUGAUCAAGGUAAGUUGGAGCCCACACACUGAAGGGUAAUUAGUGGCAGGUGAGCUGAAGUGAAGGACUUGUUGACCCCCGCCCACCAGGUCACUUGGGACGAGGACUUCUAAGACAAGAGGUACAGUUGUAACGCCGAGUGAGCGGAGGAGCGCCCUUGGAGAUGCCUCAGUAUAAGUUGAUGUACUUCAACCUGCGGGGGCGAGGAGAACCAGUCCGCUGGGUCCUUGCUGCCGCCGACCAGCCCUACGAGGACGUCCGCUUCAGUAGAGAGACGGAGUGGCCCUUCAAAAAACCAGAGAUGCCGUAUGGGAAGGUGCCGGUGUUGUACGUGGACGAGAAGCCUCUGAGUCAGUCGGUGGCCAUAUGUCGCUACCUCGGGAGGAUGCACGGCCUGGCGGUAGAGGACCCGUGGGAGGUUGCCAAGGGUGACGAGGUGGCUGACGCCGUCCAUGACCUGCUCCCCCAUGCAGCACAGAUGGUUUAUGCCAACUGCGCACGAUCUCGGCGGAGGGUAGCUCCUCGGCCAUAUUUAAGACUUGCAGGUGAUGUAGAGAAGGCCAAGAUGUUGGCCACUGAGUUCUACACCAGCACACUGCCACCUGUGAUGAGGGAACUUGACCGCAGACUCGAGGGGCGAGAUUGGUUCUGUGGAGAUAAGAUGACGUGGGUUGAUGUGUUCGCAGCGUGUUACCUCAGCCAGCUCAGCUCUCACCAUGAAGCUUCUCUUGAAGCUGUACCACGGCUGAAAAUUUUAGUUGAAAAAGUUAUUAAACUUCCACAGAUUGAGAAGUGGAUCAAAGAGCGUCCAGAUACUCCCAUGUAAACUAACCCAUUGAUUUAUAUUGGUAGCUUAUGUCUUCAUUGGUGAUGUAGUGAAGCUCAUUUGAUGACAACCAUUAUCUGAGCUUUGAUACAAUGUCUUAUGAAGGCAAAUGACUAAUGAAUUAUUAUGUAAGUGUCAUGAAAUAGUACAGUAGUGCCAAUAAAGUGAUGAUAUAUGG